CGUAGUAGGUGAAAAUACUUAUUCCGGUAGGUUCGUGAAGAAAUCAGCGCGAAACGAUAUUAUGUUCCGCUAUAUAUCAAGGAUGUAAGUAGGUCUCGCGGAAAAUACAUCCGACGAAGCAUCAAGGUGCACGUAAUCCUUUUUUCGAACGGCAAUAAAACUAUUCUUUGUCGCGUGUAGAAUUAUUUUAUAUCGGCCGAGCAGUCGCCAUCUUGCCUUACUGGGCGGACAGAGAAAGAAAGACAGAAAGAAAGAAAGAAAGAAAGAAAGAAAAAGAAAGAAAGAGAGAACGGGCCGUGGCUGUGGUAUAGAUCGUCAUUGUGACAGCUUGGGAAAAGAAGCGUUCGAUAGACCGUCGGUCUUGAUGCGGUGCGCGCGUUCAUCGCGUCGCUUGUGCUCUCUACGAACGUAGGGAGAACGUAUCAUUUAUAGAAGAGAGUAACGAGCUCAAAUAUUGGAAAACAAGAGGAAGACUCUCUGAAAAGUGUGAAAUCUAAGAAGGUGGCAUAGAACGUACUGAAGGUAAUGGCAAUGGAGACGCCGAGAGAACGAGAGAUAGCCGCGGAGGAUAGUAUUAAGGUAGUCUGCAGGUUUCGACCGUUGAAUGACUCUGAGGAAAAGGCUGGCUCAAAGUUUAUUGUCAAGUUCCCAUCCGGUGGAGAGGAGAAUUGCAUCUCGAUUGGGGGAAAAGUAUAUCUUUUUGAUAAAGUAUUUAAACCAAAUGCUACGCAAGACAAAGUAUACAAUGAAGCAGCUAAAUCUAUUGUCACAGAUGUAUUGGCAGGAUAUAACGGUACCAUUUUUGCUUAUGGACAAACAUCAUCAGGAAAAACCCAUACAAUGGAAGGUGUUAUUGGAGAUCCUAAUAAACAGGGUAUCAUUCCAAGGAUCGUUAAUGAUAUUUUCAAUCAUAUUUAUAUUAUGGAGGAGAAUUUAGAGUUUCAUAUUAAAGUAUCUUAUUUUGAAAUUUACAUGGACAAGAUUAGAGAUCUUCUUGAUGUCUCUAAGGUAAACUUAAGUGUGCAUGAAGAUAAAAAUCGAGUUCCGUUUGUAAAAGGAGCAACUGAAAGAUUUGUAUCUAGUCCGGAAGAAGUUUUUGAAGUAAUCGAGGAAGGAAAGUCUAAUCGGCAUAUCGCUGUAACCAAUAUGAAUGAACACAGUUCUCGUUCUCAUUCAGUUUUCUUAAUUAAUGUCAAACAAGAAAAUCUUGAGAAUCAAAAAAAACUUUCAGGAAAAUUAUAUCUCGUUGAUCUGGCUGGUUCAGAAAAGGUGUCUAAAACUGGAGCUGAAGGUACUGUUCUUGAUGAGGCAAAAAAUAUUAACAAGUCUCUAUCUGCUCUUGGUAACGUUAUAUCUGCGCUUGCCGAUGGCAACAAAACGCACAUUCCUUAUCGUGACUCUAAACUGACAAGAAUUUUGCAAGAAUCACUUGGUGGCAAUGCUCGAACUACAAUUAUCAUUUGUUGUUCACCUGCUAGUUUUAACGAAUCAGAGACUAAGUCAACUCUAGAUUUCGGUAAACGUGCCAAAACUAUAAAGAAUGUUGUGUGUGUCAAUGAAGAAUUAACUGCGGAAGAAUGGAAACGCCGUUAUGAACGUGAGAAGGAAAAGGCUGCUAGACUUAAAGGCAAAGUUGAAAAAUUAGAAGCAGAAUUGUCUCGUUGGCGUCAAGGUGAGACUGUAAAACCCGAAGAACAAGUCAGUUUAGUGGAAGGACCUGAUGUUAUUACACCAAUUACUGCAUCUGUCGAAGGCAAACUUGACGACGGUCCUCUGCCUGCUACACCUGGUGGUGGACUUAUGGCUGGAUCUCUUUCGAAUGAAGAAAGACAAAAACUAGAAGAAGAACGUGAAAGACUGUAUCAACAGUUGGAUGACAAGGACGAAGAGAUUAAUCAACAAUCUCAAUAUGUUGAAAAGUUAAAGGAACAAAUGGAAGAACAAGAGGAAUUGAUUGCGAGCGCUAGAAGGGAUUAUGAACAAUUGCAGCAAGAAAUGAAUAGAAUACAACAGGAAAAUGAAAGUGCUAAAGAGGAAGUCAAAGAAGUUUUACAAGCUCUAGAAGAAUUGGCAGUGAAUUAUGAUCAAAAAUCACAAGAGGUGGAAUUGAAAAAUAAACAGCAUGAAAGAUUGACAGAGGAACUUCUCGCUAAACAAGCAACAUUAAAUAAUAUUGAAUCUGAAUUGCAACAAUUGCGUGAUAUGUCUGCUCAUCAAAGAAAACGUAUUGCUGAUAUGUUUGCUAAUUUUUUGAAAGAUUUAGGAGAAAUUGGAGUGGCUAUAGGUGGUGAUGAAAAUCUUAAAGUUACACCAGAAAGUAAUGGUAAAUUGGAAGAAGAAUUCACAGUUGCAAGACUCUUCAUUAGUAAAAUGAAAUCAGAGGUAAAAAAUUUAGUUCAACGUUGUCAAGGAUUAGAGAGUUCUCAAGUGGAUUGCAACAAAAAAGUUUCUGAAUAUGAAAAAGAUUUGGCGGAAUGUCGGCUCCUAAUCAGUCAACAUGAAGCUCGUACACAAACAUUAUCAGAAUCUAUGAAAGAAGCAGAAGCUCGAAAACGUGCUUUGGAGGAAGAUGUAGAUGCGCUACGGGAAGAAUGUGCAAAGCUUAAAGCAGCAGAACAGGUUCAAGCAGUUACUAAUAAAGAGAAAGCAGAAGAGAAAGAAGCAGCUACAAAGAUGAAAGUAGCUUUAGAAGAGCAAAUGGAUCAGCUGCGUGAUGUACACCAAAAGCAGGUCGCUGCGCUUAGGGAUGAAUUAUCUGAAAAACAAGAUUUGAUCAGUGAAUUGAGAGAUUUGAAUCAAAAAUUCACUUUAGCCCAUCAACGAAUGCAAGCGGAUUAUGAACGAUUGAAGCAGGAAGAAGUAAAUAAAUCGGUUAAACUCCAGGAAAUGAUAUUGCUUCAUGAACGUCGAGAACAAGCUAGAAAAGAGCUUAAAGGACUGGAGGAUACUGUUUGCAAAGAAUUGCAAACACUUCACAAUUUACGUAAAUUAUUCGUUCAGGACUUGCAGACUAGGAUAAAAAAAUCAAUUCACGUUGAGGACAAUGAGGACGAUGGUGGCUCACUGGCUCAGAAGCAAAAGAUUUCCUUUUUAGAAAAUAAUCUAGAUCAGCUUACGAAGGUUCACAAACAAUUAGUCAGAGAUAAUGCGGAUCUUCGAUGUGAAUUACCUAAACUUGAAAAAAAAUUAAGGACAACCGUUGAACGUGUAAAAGCUUUGGAAACAGCUUUGCGAGAUGCCAAAGAAGGUGCAAUGCGAGAUCGUAAGCGUUACCAAUAUGAAGUAGAUAGGAUUAAAGAAGCUGUCAGACAGAAAAAUUUGGCUCGUCGUGGACCUAGUGCACAAAUUGCAAAGCCUAUUCGAGCUGGUCAGCAUCAUUUAAGCAAUGUUAACGCUAUUAGAACCGGCAAUCGUGAUGCUCUUAAUUAAGAUACUACAUUAUGAUUGGGAAAUCGUGGGUUUGUUCGAUUUUGUACAAAAGGAGUCACUUCAGGCCGCUCUACAUUUUAGAGUAAGUGAAUGGAUUUGUCAUGCUAACGAUUUUGUAACUUUAUUUUCACUAUUUUAAAACGAUAUUUUUGUUACGAAUUGACAGAGGUAUUAAAGCUGAUACUUUCUUCAGAAUACUUUUGUAUGUCACGAAAUAACAAACGAACAAACUUAGCGAUAUGUUAUUUCUUUAUCUCUGCGCUUUUUUCUUUCUUCCUCUUCCAAAACCAAAUGUAAUACAUACUUCCAAUUCUGUGAUCUUUCGGACACGUGGUGUAAACUUUAGGGAAAAAAUUAAUUCAUAUAUCUCUGUCAUAUGCUUAAGUUUUUUUCUUGGAGAACGUGGUUAAGAACGUAUAGUAAUGUUGAGUAUAACGUCAAAUCCUUCACUUUUGCAGAACACGAUCGCAAGAACGCUUUGCGUGCUGAGGUGCUAGGAGAUCGAAACAAACCAAUCUAUGGUGUAUUCAUAUAAAUGUUAUAUUUUAAAGGCAAUAGAUGUAUUAUAAUCUUAAAAAGCACCGUCACUUCUUUUUUUGUAGAAACAAGCAUGUGCUUAAAAGUAUACUAAUAUGAGUGCAUCAAUUUAUCAAUGCGCUGCAUGUCCUAUCCAUAUAUAAAUAUUUAACUCAAUUGCACUUAUAAAAAAGGAAAUUACCAUAAAUAUUCUCAAUUCUUUCUCAAUUACACGAAACAAUCUUGCUAAAAUAGCUUUGUUCUUCUGUAACUACAUAGCAUAAUUUUUUUCAAAAAGUUAAAAAUAUAUAAAAAUAAUGAUAAUGAUAAUGAUAGUAAAGAUAAUGGUAAUAAUAAUGAUAAUGAUAAUAAUAACAACAAUAAUAAUACUAUGCGAUUGUUAUUGUUAUAACAUCCGGUCUACCAUGGACUUUAUUUGUAAUAUCAAGUAUCAUUAAACUUACGAUAAAUACAUUCAAAAUCGAAUGUUUUGGAUGGUACUAUUAGACUUGGAAACAAAAUGUUAUUAAUUCAGUUAAGAGAUAUGAUCGGAUAUGCGGCCUUGAAAAGAACAGUAGAAAUAAUCAUGGCUUAUAAGUAUUCUUAGUUAUAAAAAAAAAACUCCCUUUGUAGCUAUUGAAGAUUACAAUUGUCAAGAAUCUUAUCGAAUCUUGGAUCUAUUUGGUGUACCCACUUAACGAUAGUUAAGUACGUUGGUUUCUUACCAAUAAAAUUGUAGGUCCAAAAGCGAAUGAUAUUUAUAAAAAAAAAAAUAUAGACGAAAAGAUCUUUCAUCUUCACUUUCAAUUUACAUAUAUUAUUUUUAUAUAGCCAAUUAUCGCAGCAUUAAACAUUGCUAAUUGUUUCACUUAUAUUAAUUUAUUUUGUAUUCUAAUUUAUAUUAAAGACAAAUGAAAGCUGUUCGUCAAACAAAUGCUUUGCGUUCUAUACAAAUAUAUUAAAUACUUAUCAUUUUUAAAGUCUUUCGUGCUGAAUCUAAUUUUGAAGUUACCAGUUUUAGAUAAUUUGGAUUUUAAUAAUAAGAUUUGUUUACGUUCUUAAAACUCGUUGUAAACUCUCAAAAUUACAAUCAUAUCUCACUUAAAAUUAUUUUAAUGUUAGGAAUAGACUAUUUAAAUAAUAUUUUUUAUAAUUGGGAUACAUAUAUAAAUAUUGAAGCCAUGUAUAGUAAAUAUAGUUUGCAAAUUUUGCAUAUCCUUAAAUUGAAAAUAAAUUUUUUCUUUUUCUUCUCUCCUUUUCUAUUAAAUGUAAUACAAUAUACUUUAUGAAAUUAUCCAUAAAUUAUUGUUCCAUAUCAAGAAACUUUUAUUAGAUAAAAUAAAUUUAUUUUUUUAUUUCAUUUUUAAAAUUUCUUUCAUAUAAUAGUCUGUUUCAUUAGGUCUAUCUUAUUUUUGUGAUAUGAGCAGCAAAAUUAUAUUUGUCGACAUAGUAAAAACGAAUUUGGAGUGUAGAAUAAAUGCAAUUAUUUUAAAAAUAUUCUUGUCAAAUAUAUAUAAAUAUAACUGCAUUUGAAUGUCUUUAUAUUAAUUUAAAUAAACAUAUUAUUAUCCAUGGUACACUGCUCACAAAUAACAUAGGUAUACAUUAAUCACCCGAAAUGCUUAAUGUGUUAAUACUCUGUUAUUUAAAAUCUACAAAAAAUGCUGUUAGGUUCCCCUCAUUAUUAUAAAUAAAAAAAAUCACUGCUGAGUUUUUUUAUCAUGAUUCAUGUAUUUUUCUGUAACUAAUGAAUCAUGACAUAAAAUCUCAGUAUACCGUAACAUUUAUUUUUAUAGAACAUCGAAUAAGCAUCAAUGCUCUUUUGCACUUCCGUAUAAAAAUAAAGAAUCAUUGCAAAGUGUACACAGAUUAUAAUUAAUUAAUACUAAUAAUCGUAAGCUUCAUGGCACUGCAUUCAAAAUGCAAUGGAUGUAUGUUCCAAUGAGAUGUAAAGGGUAUAGCAUCGUAAAUUAUAAAAUAAUUCCUAUAAAAGGAUGACUGAAAGUGUAUCUAUUUUCUUUUAAUGUAGCCAAAAUAAACAUUUUUCAGACUAAGGAAAAUCAUGAUUGCUCACAUUACUAUACGUUAUAUAUUCUACAAUGUUAUAUCUCUUAUUAAGAUAGAAUGUUUUACAUUCUUUUUUAUUCUUUUGCGAUGCACAAUGUAAUUAUAUAUUUAAUGAACUACAUUUAAAAAAAAAUUAAAUAAUUUUGAUCUAUGAUUUAUAAAGAUAUAUACUAUUGAAUGUGAUUGAAAAUUAAUUUAAAUUAUCUAAAUAAACAGUCUAUAACUGGAAUGAGCACCCGUAUAGCUGUAUUCAAAUAUUGUUAUUUAUUAGAAACUGAGUGUUAUAUAAUAUUGCAUUUACAUGUAAAGGCAUUUUGGUUCUAUAAGAAAUAAAAAAGAUAUUGCUAUAUCCUUUAUGAUAUCUGUUAUAAGUCAGGUUAUUCUAUAACACUUCAGUUAUUUUACCCGUAAAUAUUUAAAAUAUAUUUCAUAUUUUUAUUAAUUACUUUAAUGAAAUAUUUCAGUAUUUAAUUAAACAAUCUAGUUCAAAGGAUUCUUAAAUAGAAAUUUAAUAAAUCAAUUAAAAAAUUAUAACACAUAAUAAAGUUGUCAAUGCAGUUAAUAUAAUUUUUCGUUAUAUAAUAAAGUGUAAUCGGUAUCUAAAAUGAUUAAAUUUUUGUAAAAUUAUGUAUUCAGUUGGCAAUUAUACAUAAACAUAGCCUAUUAUUGUUAAAGAGGAGGUUGAUCUAUAGCUGCUAUCUUUGUAAAUGGAGCAAUGCGAAUGUAAAAGAAAAUAAACAAAUUAGUAAUAAAA